AUGGCUUCUUCUUCUUCUUCUUCUGUACUGGUUUUAUUCAUACUUUUGAUUACCUUGAUCACCAAUAAUGUAGAAGCUAAAAAAAACCACUCCACAUCCAAUUUAAUCCGCAUUGGCUCCAAUCUGACCCCCGAUGCCCUCGGUAAUUCUUCAUGGUUGUCAUAUUCUGGCCGCUUUGCCUUUGGUUUCUAUCCACAAGGCAAUGGCUUUGCUGUUGGUAUACAGCUCCUUAAUCCACCACAAAACACAGUUGUGUGGACUGCAAAUCGAGAUGACCCCCCUGUCUCCUCAAACUCUACACUGAAACUAACAAAACGCGGUCUCUUGCUUCAAACUGAGGGAGGCCCAGAAGUCACUAUUGCUUCUGGCUCAAGUUCAGAAGAAGAAGGUACAAGUGGACUUGAGCCAGAAGAAGUAGAGACAACUGCAGCUGCAGCUAUGCUCGACUCUGGAAAUUUUGUGCUGUAUAAUGGCACUUCUUUUGUCAUAUGGGAGAGCUUUAGUUUACCUACGGAUACAAUACUGGGAGGUCAAGAUUUGGAGGCAGGCAGGUCUUUGGUAUCAAGUGCAUCUGUAUCAGAUCACUCCAGGGGGCCAUUUUCCCUGACAAUGAAUAGUAAUGGAAACCUUCUGGCCUACCCGCCAAACAGCUCUGCUGCUUAUUAUCUUACAGCUGUGACCUCGUUGACAGAAUAUUGCAAACUCAGUCUGAACAUGUCGGGAUUUCUCGUUAUAGAAAAUGAGCUUGGUGGCAAGGCCAUUCAGAUUUUGGCAAAUGGCUCGCACCUACAAGACAAUCAAACUACAGUCUACCGCGCAACACUCGAUGCUGAUGGGAAUUUCAGAUUGUACUUGCAUAGCUUUCUGAUGGCUAGUGUUGCGAUAAUUUGGUCUGCUUUUCAUCCAUGUGAUAUUCAAGGCAUUUGUGGCUUCAACAGUUAUUGCGAAAUAAUCAUGCAGAAUGAAGUGGAGUGCAAAUGUUACCCUGGAUUUGUUUACAACAACGCCAGUCAGAAGUCUCUGGGAUGCUAUCAUAAUUUCACCGUAGAUGGCUGCACCGAAGAUGAAGAGCCACGGCUGCGGUACAAGGUGGAGGCCUUGGACAAUAUCUGGUGGAAAAACCAUCCUUAUUCAGUAACACCUUCUCAAAACAAGGAAGAUUGCAGUGACUCUUGCCUGGGAGACUGCAAUUGUUGGGCUGUGCUAUAUAAUAGUACAGAUGCUAAUUGCAGAAAAUACAAGAUUCCGCUUUUAUAUGGCAAAAGAAAUUCAAGUAAACCCUCUAAAGGUUACAUCAAACUACUUCAACCGAGAAACAUGGAGGAUACUCCAUUCAAUACUCCCGACCUACCCGAAAGUCCAACUGUAACUGAAAGCAAGAAUAAUAGUCUGAUUCUUAUUCUUGCUAUCAGUCUGGGUUCCAUUGCAUUCUUGUGUUUUGUCUUCGCCAUCUCAAGUUUCACCACAUACAUGCAUCGAGUUCAUAGGUAUGAGAAGCUGUUGAAAGAUUCGAGUUUGGCACUAGCUGAUCCAGAGUACUUCACUUUACAAUCAUUUUCUUACGCUGAGCUCGAAAGAGCUACAGAUGGCUUCAAGGAAGAGAUUGGAAGAGGUACUUUCGGAGCUGUUUAUAAAGGAACUCUGUCUGGGGGCAGUUCCAGCAAAACUGUUGCUGUAAAAAGACUGGAAAAGGUGGUCGAUGAAGGAGUAAGAGAAUUUAGAGCCGAAAUUACGACCAUUGGACGAACUCACCACAGAAACUUGGUCCAGUUGCUUGGUUUCUGUAUUGAGGGUUCUAGAAAGCUUCUUGUUUAUGACUACAUGAGCAACGGCUCACUUGCAGAUCUUCUAUUUAAGGCCAAAACAAUGCACUCAUCUUGGAAUGAAAGGGUAAGACUUGUAUUCGAUGUGGCUAAAGGGGUCCUCUAUUUACAUGACGAAUGCAGUGUCCAUAUCAUUCACUCCAAUUUGAAACCCCAAAACAUACUCUUGGAUCAUACUUGGACGGCUAAGAUAUCUGAUUUCGGUUUGGCCAGGCUGGUGCCGAAUGAAACAAAAAUCAGCUCGGCUACUGGAGGAGGAAUGAGUUCAGCUGAACAGGUUAGAAGAGGUUAUCUGGCGCCUGAAUGGCAGAACAAUGCUCUUAUAUCUGUGAAAGCUGAUAUAUACAGCUUUGGUAUCGUGCUUUUAGAGAUUGUGUGUUGUAGAAGAAACAUAGAAGUAAAUAUUUCGACACCAGAUGAGAUAAUUCUUUCCAGUUGGGUAAGUAAAUGCUUUGCUGCUGGAGAAUUAGCUAAGCUUGUUGAGGAGGAUGAAAAUGUAGAUUUGAAGACGCUAGAAAGAAUGGUGAAAGUGGGUUUAUGGUGUGUUCAAGAUGAUCCAGCUUUGCGACCUUUCAUGAGAAAUGUAAUACUGAUGUUGGAAGGGACAAUGGACAUACCAGUUCCACCGUGUCCAAAGCUUCCCUCUCUUGUUUGAUGUUGGAAUGUGUUUCCAACUGAUGUCUUACAACAACAUGUGUACAUAGAUCUUAUAGGAAUAACCUAGAUCUAUCAAUCGAUCUAGACUCUUAACUUUAUGCUAAAUUUGAUGUGUUCAU